ACCACGUUCCUUCUGCUCAUAUCAGGUUGUUUAUGGCGCAAUAUAAAACAAUUACUUAGCCUAGCUACUUCCUGAUAGAAAUUCAACCAAGUGUAUGUGUAUUCGCAGUUAUAUUUUUUAUUAUGUCAAAUACCUAGCUAGUUGUUUCAAUCAUUGUUUAAUUAAGAAAACGUAUCUAUUUUUUUUUGGCAGUCUACACUUUCGAACUGACGUUACGUUGUAAGACACGGUCUAGCUAGCUAACGUUAGAUACUUUAAUUUCCAGUCUGCCAUUUGGGAUUUGUCGACUAUAUGUAAUUGAUGUAUCUAUUGGCAUAGUUGUGAAGAUCAACGUUAGCUAGCUAUUAGCUGUUCGUUAGCUAGCUACGACUUCUCUGCUCUGUUUGACUGCGAGUUCGUGGCUUUCUAGUUAGCUGGCAGCUACACAUCUUUCAUGUGGGCUAACGUUGGAUGGAUCAUAUAAUUAGGAAUUUAAUCGGAUCUCUGAGAUGGCUCAAGCAUCAGUAGCUAAAGACUGUUAGGUGUUUUUCCGGACACGGCCCUGGAACCUGUUUAGCUAAGCUAUGGCUAUACUCUUUUUGACUAGGAACAUUGAAUAAAUGCAUAUUCGGGGCCACUUUAUCUUUACCCCGCAACAUGGAUACGGAUGUUUUUCACCGUGGUGAAGGGUGCGGGGGUUAUGUGAAACGCUGGUUUAGGGCUACGCCCACUGAGCUCUCUGAUCUUAGGGCAGACAGGCAGAGUGUAAAAUGGCGCACAGCUGUCGGUGGCGGUUCCCCGCUCGGCCCGGAGGGAGCAGCAACUUAGGCACCGGGAGGAGAGCGGGCCGAAUCCGGGUCACUGCCUCCCUUCGAAGUAGCACAGGGACCCACCCGAACACGGCUGGGCUCGGACCCGGCUUUGAUGCUGCGUUACAGGUCUCAUCUGCUAUCGGUUGCAACCUGCAGAAAUUUCGGGAUGUUUUGGGAGAGUCGAGUGGUUCAAGCAGCGGGGAGGAAGGAGCAUUUGGAGGCUUUGGUACAGUCAGUGAACACCGAAGAAUGCAGAGUCAGUCAAGGACGUUGGCAGUUACUCCCACGCAGGAGAAGAAGCCCAGAGGCCGACCCCCGCGGGCCAUGACUGCACAGAAAGGGCCCGCAGGCGCCGGCCCUUCCCCCUCGCCUGCCUCGGGGAAGCCCGAGGGCCAGGAGUGGCCUGUGGAGAAGGCCAAGCGGCUGCCCGGGAGGCCGCCUGGCUCUGGAGAGAAGAGGAGAGGCCGUCCUCCGGCCUCUGGCACCCAGAGGAGUUUGCAGGCCGGCAGCCAUACAGACAAUGACAGCGGGCAGGUGGGGCAGGAGCACAGCUCCACAACUGCACACCGCAAGGACCGUGACGAGGAGAGGAAAGCCACAAAGAGAACGCCCCUGGGCUCCGUGCAGCAGCACGACACAGAGGCCAAGCCUCCCAAAGCGAGCCGCGAGUCCAAGGUGACCAAACUGAAGCGGCUGCGGGAGGUCAAACUGAGCCCACUCAAGGCCAUCGCCAGGAAGUGUGUGCCGGUGCCUGGCGUGCCCCGGCGCAGACGAGGACGGCCUCCCUCUGCCGAGCGCCUCAAAGCCGAGGCUGCUGCUGCCCAGGCCUCUGGUUCAGAGGAAACCAAACAAAAGUCCUUCGGCGUCCGCCGGGACAGAGAUACGGACCCCCACACUCCUCAACAGCAGUCUAAGCUCAGGACGUCCCACUUUGCUGAAGAGGACGACAGCCCCGACGUCCACAGCUCCUCAAGCCCGCUCCCCUCGUCCUCUCCCUCCAAGCUGGGCAGGCCACUGAACCUGAGAACCAGCCCUCGCCACAUCAAGCCCGUGCGAAUCGUUCCCCCCCCCAAACGCACUGACGCCUCAAUCGCCAAGCAGCUGCUGCAGCGCGCCAAGAAAGGUGCGCAGAAAAAGAAACUGUUAGAGAAGGAGGUGGUUGCCAUAGGAGGCCAAGGGGCGGCAGCCAUGGAGGCAGGCAUCCGGAGGAGGAGGAGAACGCAGCUGAAGAACAUCAGGCAGUUCAUCAUGCCCGUGGUGAGCACCGUCUCGCUGCGCAUCAUUAAAACCCCAAAGCGCUUCAUCGAGGACGAAGGCAGCUUCGGCGCCUCUCACCCCCACAUGAAGGUGGCAAGGUUAGAUGCUGUCCCGCCCCCCGUCGCUGCCCCCCAGCCCGCCUCGGCCUCCUCUCCCAUGCGGGCGUCGACAGCUCUAGUCACCACCGCCGCUGCUAAAGCCGUGACCGCUACUCCGGUCGACACCAUCCCUCCCCCGCCUCCCACUGUCGCACCCAGCAGGGCCACGGCCGUGGCGGCCAGCCUGCUCAACAACAGCUGCAACAACAGCACCAGCAAUGGGCGCUUCAGCAGCAGUGUCGCCUCGUGUGGCUCCAGCGCUGUGUCCCUGCACUCCUCCCAGCUCUCGUCGGGUGAGUCGUCCCGAUCUAGCAGCCCCAGCCUGGACGACUCGUCGUGCGACUCCCAGGCUUCGGAGGGCACUCAGGCCCUGUCCGAGCCUGACGACGAGCAUGACGACGAGCGAGACCACUCCCCGUCCUCCCAGGGAGAGAGGGAGGGGGACAUGCUGCACUCCUCCAGGCAUCCGUCAGAGCCGGAGCAGCGGGUUCUGAUUGAGCGGGGCCGGAGGGGCCGCAGAGGGCAGGGUGUGGGCAGGGGCAGCCUUGGGGCGAGGGGAAGAGGCAGCCUGGCCACCGGAGGGAAGAAGGCUAUCAUCAGCCCGGCCACGGGAGUUUUGAUGUCCAACUCUCAACAGGCUGCCUCCGCCGCCUCCUCGUCUUCGUCCCCCCCGCCCCCCCCUCUCCUUAGCUCCCCGCAGCAGGCUCAGUCAGGCUCCAACACAGCGGAGCAUCACCCCCACUCCCCUUGGAUCCUGCCCCACCCGUUUCUCCAGGGCCAGUCAUUGGUGCUCUCCAGCCUGCAAGACAAGCGCAGGUCCAUCCUGAGAGAGCCCACCUUCCGCUGGACAUCUCGGUCUCGCACCGAUCAGCAGUACUUCUCCUCCGCUAAGUAUGCCAAGGAGGGCCUUAUCCGCAAGCCUAUCUUCGACAACUUCCGCCCUCCACCUCUCACGGCUCAAGACGUGGGUCUAAUGCCCCAUGGCGCUGGUGCCGGGGGGGUUGCUCCAGCGGGUUACCCUGCGCCAGGCGGUGGGACCGCGGCGGGCACCCGCCUGUUCUCUCCACUGCAUCACCACCACCACCACCAGCAGCACCCCUCGUCCCGCUUCGAGUCGCCACUCCAGAAGCGCAGCCCCCUGCUGCGCGCCCCGCGCUUCACUCCCAGCGAGGCGCACUCGCGCAUCUUUGAGUCGGUCACCCUGCAGUCGUCAUCGGGGAGCAGCCCGGGAUCGCUGUCUCCCCUCCAGUCCUCCCCCAAGUCGGGCCGGUCGGUGAGACGUAAGAAGAGGACGACCCCGGGACCCCUGCGAGGUCAACCCCGGUCCCCCUCACACUCCAUGACCACGCGGAGCAGCCAGCCAGGUGCCCCGCCUGGAAAAGGUCCCUCUGAACUGUCUGUGCUGACAGGCUCCAUCUCCACUGGUGCCAGCAGCACCAGUAAUUCCUCCAGCUCUCUGCCCGCUAGUGCCUUAACGCCUGCCCCUUUCAGCACCUUCUCACCGGGCCCCCUGGGCCUCUCCACACACGGACCUUCCUCCUCCGACGGACAUAGAGCAGCCGGGAGCCUUGGUGGUGGUGCGGGUGGCAACUCCGCUUCUUGCUCCUCUUCCCAACUCUUCUCUCUCUUCACUUCCAGCCCCCAGGAGACGGGCCGCGGUGCCGGGAAAGGGGGGAGAGAGAGGAGCGCCUCGGCUUCCCGGGACUCGGCUCCUGUCAAGGAGAAGGAAAGGGAGACCGAGAAAAGCAGAGAGCGUGAGAAAGAGAACAAAAGGGAGGGCAGAAAAGAUUGGGAGAGGAGAGGCAAGGCGUCCACUCCAGACGCCUCUCCCAAUAGGACACCCAGCCUGUUUGCUGGGGAGGGGAGGGAAGGGGAGGAGUCUCUGACCUCCCUCGCUCCUAAAAAGACACCUGGCAGGAAGAAGUCUGUUCCUGUGGACUCGGCUACAGAGGCAGCACCUGUAGACAGGGCUGCAGUCCACUCCUCUAUUCCCCUUAUCUUGACCAAGGGCCGCCUAUCCAAAAAGACCCGUCCUUCGGAGAGGGGGCCAGAGGCUGAGCUUGGGGAGAAGGAGAAAACAUGUGCCCCUGCCCAGCAGACAGGCCUUCCCCCAGGGCAGACCGGCAGCAAGAAGCCCCCGGCGGUCCCAUCCUUGGGUUCCAUGCUGGCGCACGCCGAGAAGCAGCCUGUGGCCGACAAGCGGGUGGCAGGCCUGCUGAAGAAGGCCAAAGCGCAGUUGUUCAAAAUCGAGAAGAGCAAGUCGCUGAAAUCCCCAGACCAUCCUAAAGUUCAGAGUCACGAGAGCGACUCUUCGGAGACGUCGGUGCGAGGGCCGCGCAUCAAGCACGUGUGUCGGCGCGCCGCUGUGGCCCUGGGCCGCAACCGGGCCGUGUUCCCCGACGACAUGCCCACUCUCAGUGCCUUGCCGUGGGAGGAGAGGGAGAAGAUCCUGUCGUCCAUGGGGAAUGAUGACAAAUCUUCAGUGGCGGGCUCGGAAGAGGCGGAGCCCCAGUCCCCUCCCAUCAAGCCAGUGAUGCGGCACACCAAGAUCAUCCAGGAGGGAGGGGCGGCGCCCAGGAAGGGGCGGCGGUCGCGGCGCUGCAGGCAGUGUCCCGGCUGCCAGGUCCCCGACGACUGCGGAGUCUGCACCAACUGCCUGGACAAGCCCAAGUUCGGAGGCCGCAAUAUCAAGAAGCAGUGUUGCAAGGUCCGAAAGUGUCAGAACUUGCAGUGGAUGCCUUCCAAGAUUUUUCUCAAGAAGCAAGUGAAAGGCAAAAAAUACAAGAAGAAGAACAAACUGUCUGAAAAAAAGGAGGCAUUACACCCCGUCAAGGGCCCAACAAGCACUGAGCCCAGUCUCAAACAGGUCCCGCCCCCUUUGAAGGAGGAGCCCCCUCGCAAAAAGAGUGUAACCCCUCCCCCGAAGCCAGGUGAGGAGAAGCAAAAACAGUCACCGCCACAGCUGCAGUCCCCCCCAGCCGACAACCCUACCCCCCCAAACGACCAGGCCCCCAGCUGCACCACCGCCCCUGGGCAAGACCAGAAACAUCCUGCAACGGCACCCGCGGGCGCUGCUAGUAGGAAGGAACGUAAGCCCCAGCAGCCCACCCCUCCCUCCUCCCCUUCCUCCUUCUCUUCCUCAUCGUCCUCCUCACUCCAGAGCUCCCCCUCCCCACCAACACCCCAGCCCCAGCAGCCACCACAGCAGCAUCAGAGGCCACAGCCCACCCAGGGGACUGCAAAAAAGGAGGGCGCUGGGGCUUCCAAGUCUCCGCCCACAGAAGCCAAGAGGAAGCCCCAGCAGCAGAGCUUAGCCACGCCCAUCACAGACACAGCACCCGAAGGGAAACAAAUGAAGAAACAGGCAUCUCGCUCUGUCCCACCGCCACCUAAACCCACCAAACCAAAAGAGAAGCAGCAGAAGCCGUUGGCCACCAAACCUGAGAGCAGUACUUUAAACUUGCUGAGCACUCCCUCGACUGGAGGCACCGCCAAGCAGAAAGUGCCCUGCGACGGAGUGCACAGAAUCAGAGUGGAUUUUAAGAAGGACCAUGACGUGGAAAACGUGUGGGCCAUGGGCGGCCUCGGCCUCCUCACCUCCGUGCCAAUCACCCCGCGGGUCGUCUGCUUCCUCUGUGCCAGCAGUGGCAACGUCGAGUUUGUCUUCUGCCAGGUGUGCUGCGAGCCCUUCCAUCUCUUCUGCUUGGGGGAGACUGAGCGCCCUCUGGAGGAGCAGUGGGAGAACUGGUGUUGCCGCCGCUGCCGCUUCUGCCACACCUGUGGCCUACAGCACCAGAAGACUAAACAGCAACUUCUGGAGUGUGAGAAGUGCCGAAACAGCUAUCACCCCGAGUGCCUGGGACCCAACCAUCCCACCAGACCCACCAAGAAGAAACGGGUCUGGAUCUGCACCAAGUGUGUUCGCUGUAAGAGUUGUGGGGCCACAAAACCCGGGAAGGCCUGGGACGCCCAGUGGUCACAUGACUUCUCCUUAUGUCAUGACUGUGCCAAACUCUUCGCUAAAGGUAACUUCUGCCCCCUUUGCGAUAAGUGCUAUGACGAAGACGACUACGACAGCAAGAUGAUGCAGUGUGGGAGGUGCGACCACUGGGUCCACUCCAAGUGUGAGAACCUCACAGACGAGAUGUACGAGCUGCUGUCCAAUCUGCCAGAGAGCGUGGCCUACACCUGCACCAACUGUACGAAGCGCCAGCCGGCCGAGUGGAGGACGGCCCUGGAGAAGGAGCUGCAGGGCUUGGUGCGCCAGGUCCUCACCGCACUGCUCAACUCCCGCACCUCUACGCACCUGCUCCGCUACAGACAGGGCAGGGCAGCUCUAACCAACAUCUCCGAUCUCAGCUCAAGGAUUGGACUCCAGGCUGUGAUGAAGCCGCCUGAGUUGAACCCCGAGACGGAGGAGAGUUUACCCACACGUCGCUCCCCCGAGGGGCCCGACCCCCCGGUCCUGACCGAGGUCAAGCCCCCCAACGACUCCCCCCUCGACCUGGAGUCGGUGGAGAAGAAGUUGGCCACCGGGCGCUACAAGUCUGUGCUUGAGUUCAGUGACGACGUAGUGAAGGUCAUCCAGAUGGCCAUCAACUCAGACGGCGGGCAGCCGGAGAACAGGAAAGCCAAUAGCAUGGUCAAGUCCUUCUUUAUCCGGCAAAUGGAGCGCGUAUUCCCUUGGUUCAAAGUCAAGGAGUCCAGAUUCUGGGAAACGCACAAAUUCUCCCCCAACAGUGGCCUCCUCCCCAACGCCGUGCUGCCCCCCUCCCUGGACCACAACUACGCCCAGUGGCAGGAGCGCGAGGAGAUCGCCCGCGCCGGGCAGCCCCUCAGGAAGAAGAUCAUCCCGGCCCCUUGCCCCAAGACCCCCGGAGAGCCCUACUCCCCCCCUCCGCCCCGGCCUCUACUUCCCCAAACACCCCCUAUGCUCCACGACCUGAGCUGUGAAGACAGUCCUGAGCUGCUCCCACCCCCUGGCGUCAGCGACAACCGCCAGUGUGUGCUGUGUCUCAAGUACGGAGAUGAUAACACCAACGAGGGCGGCAGGCUGCUGUACAUCGGGCAGAACGAGUGGACCCACGUGAACUGUGCCCUGUGGUCAGCCGAGGUGUUCGAGGAUGAUGAUGGCUCUCUGAAAAACGUCCACAUGGCCGUGAUCCGAGGGAAACAGUUGCGCUGCGAGAACUGCCAACGUCCCGGCGCAACAGUGGGCUGCUGCUUGACCUCCUGCACCAGAAACUACCACUUCAUGUGCGCCCGGCAGCGCCACUGUGUCUUCCUGGAGGACAAGAAGGUCUACUGCCAGCGCCACCGGGACCUCAUCAAAGGAGAGGUGGUGUCCGAGUCUGGCUUCGAGGUCACGCGGAGGAUCCUGGUGGACCUGGAGGGGAUCAGCCUGCGGAGGAAGUUCCUGACCGGUCUUCAGCCGGAGAACAUCCACAUGAUGAUAGGCUCCAUGACCAUCGAUUGCCUUGGAAUACUGACCGAGCUUUCGGAUUGCGAGCGCAAACUCUUCCCCGUCGGCUACCAGUGUUCCAGGGUGUACUGGAGCACUCUAGACGCCCGGAAGCGGUGUGUCUACACCUGCAGGAUCCUGGUGUGUCGUCCCACCGUGGUGGAGCCGGACCUAAAGAGUGCUCUUCCAGAGGAGAACCGCACCAUCUCCCACAGCCCUUUUACGCCCAUCUUAGAUAAAGCCCUGUCUCCGGUGCCCGGCCCUUUUGACUCUCUGAAGCCCUCCAACCGCCUGUCUCUGCUGCCCUCCAGCCCCAAUCCUCCUAAAGUUUACACACGGAACAGGCACCCAAGCUACCCCCCGUGCCAGCGCUCCCCUGGCUCCAGACCACUUCCAUCCCCAGGCGGAUCCUUUCAGUCGGCCCAUGAGAUUGUGACGGUAGGGGACCCGCUUCUGAGUUCCGGCCUAAGGAGCAUCGGCUCCCGGCGCCACAGCACCUCUUCCCUCUCCCCCCAGCCCAGACAGAAGGUAGUCUCCCCUCCACAGGCCGGGGUGGCUGCCGCCAUGAACCAAUUAGCCCUGGUCUCUUCUUCCACCCCACCCCCUGUGGUCUCCUCUUCCUCUGCCUCCAGAGACCUGGGUCUAAGGGAUACGGGGAAGCCGCCCGCCAGCGGAGUCCGAACGCAGAGCCGCGAGACUAGCUCACUCAGCCCUGGAGGUCAACACAGACACCACCACAGCAUCUCUGAGAUGAAGACAGACGGUGGGAAAGAAAGUGCGCCUGGCAAGCAGGCUGUGGGAGAGAACCCCAAACUUUCUCCAAUGGCCCCAGGGAUGGCAGGAGCGAGCCAGGCCUCCCCACCACCAGGUACAUGUGUCCUGACAGGGCACCAAAGGGCCAGCAACAGCAAAUCCCAGGCGGAGAAGGGGAAGCAGGGCGGGAAGGUCCCAGACCUGUCGGCUGGCGUCACGCUCCUCUCCCGCCACUGUGUCACCACGACCCUGUCCAAGGACAGAGGUGGUGGUGGUAGUAGUAGCAACCCGGCCAAGGAGGGAAGUGUGACCUUGGCGCAAGCCUCUAAAGAUUCUGGGAAAUUGGGGUCUCCCCAGCCCCUGUUCCACAAAAGCGUUGGGAGGAAGUCCCAAGACUAUCUGUCGGGGCCAGCCCCUGCCGCCGCCAUGAAGCCCCUGUGGUCUUCGGGGGCUGAGGAUGAUUUCAUCAAACGGAGCUCCCAAGCCACCCCGGCUGUUCCCUCCAGCUACCCGGCCGCCACCACCAAAGACAAGCACUCCAAAGUCCGAACAAUCGACAGCCGAGAGGCAUCUAAAGAGAGGGAGAAGACCCCUCAGAACAGCAACAAGAACCCCACGCUCAACAACAACAAUUCUAAAGACACUGUUGGAACCACUAACUCUCCAACCCCGACCUCUCAGAACUGCAACAGCAAGGCUGCAACCCUCAGCAACAACACCAAAGCCAUUGGCAAGAAGGAGGUGGAAAAGCUGGAGAAUCAGGGAAGAGGAUCUUCAAAGAGCAGGGAGAGAUUCUCCAGUCCUGAGAAGAACAGCUCCAGCCUAGAGGCCAUCAAGCAGCCCAGGUUAGCCUCGGAGAGAAGCAUGAGGGCUUCACAGGUUCAAGCAAGAGUAACAGCCAACGAAGUCGCGGCUGCUCGAGACAAAAAGCGGGCUAUAGUCAAGGCGUCCCUGACGCCGCUGAAGACCGACCCGAACGGGACUAACACCGUGAGCACUUCCUCUGACUCCUGCACCACUACUUCCAUCUGUCCAGUGGGCCUGGAGGGACCCCCCCACCGCAGGUCUUCCUGCUCCGUGCUCUUCUCCCCGUCGGCCUGCUCGGAGAGCUCAGAGUCGACCAGCCCGCCACUGCACCCGGAGGACCGCGAGGAGAAGCGCCUCCUGGCUCACUGCACCAAGGACGAGGGGACCAGCGACAGGGAUGACCACGCCUUGCUGGAGGAGGAAGGCGGCGACGGGGACAAACGCCACGAGGACGACAGUGACUGCUCGGGCUCGGCCAAGCGACGUUACCCAAGGCGCAGCGCCAGGGCCCGCUCCAACAUGUUCUUCGGCCUGACUCCUUUCUACGGGGUGCGCUCCUAUGGAGAGGAGGAUAUCCCUUUCUACAGCAGCAGCGGGGACGGGCCUGGGAAGAGGAAGGCCGGGGGCAGUAGGCGCUCGGCCGAAGGCCAAGUGGACGGGGCAGACGAUAGGAGUAACUCCUCCUCAGGGGACAGCGGAGAAGAAGAGGAAGGGGGAUUCAGCCAGUGUUCCAACAAGGAUCCAUACUAUUACAACUUCACCCGCACCAUCAUCAACCCCGGCCCUGUGAUGCCCUCAAUCGAGGGGAUUGACCAGUGCCUGGGGAGGGGCUCUCAGCUGCAGCGCUUCCUGAAGGAUGAUGAGGAGGAGGAGAGGGUCGUUGCUGCUGUGGAUGGAGUUCCCACCCGGAGCCUCCUGAGCCACCAGCAGAUUGGCCAGCUGGACGGCAUUGAUGACAGCUCAGAGAGUGACGCCAGCGCGAGCACCACCAACACCACCACCACGGCCACCGCAGCGUCCUCUUCCCACAAGAGCACAGGAAAGAGGAAGGGCAGAGAGAGGCACAUGGAGAAGCUGGAGCACGACUCUGGGAAGGAGGCGGACAACAGCAGCGGAGGGGGUGGGAGCAGCGGUAGCAGUAGCAACAACAGCCGAGAAGGCAGAAAGAGCCAGAAGGACAGCUCUCUCCCUCUGGGUGGGGUGAAGUCGUCCCAGAGACAGGACCCUCUGGAGGCCCAGCUCUCACUUAGCACUGACCUGCUCAAGUCGGACUCGGACAACAACAACAGUGACGACUGCGGCAACAUCCUGCCGUCGGACAUCAUGGAGUUUGUCCUCAACACGCCCUCCAUGCAGGCCCUCGGGCAGCAGCCUGAGGCCUCCUCCUCCGAGCUCCUCUCCCUGGACGAGGGCUAUGGGGUGGGCGUCAACCGCCGCAAAGACAUCCUCUUCGAGGACUUCCCUCGGCCGCUGGCCAGUGCUGAGCCCGCGGAGAGUGGGGUGAGCACGUCCAUCUCGGUCGAAGAGCCAUAUGGUCUGCCUCUGGAGCUGCCCUCUGACCUCUCUGUCCUGACCACUCGCAGCCCCACGGUCAACAACCAGAACCAUGGCGGCCUCAUCUCAGAGGGCUCAGAACGCACCAUACUGUCCCUGGCAGCCUCUGACGAUGCCAUCGCAGAGAAAGGAGGUGAGGACAAGCAGCAGAGAGGGGCCGGUGUGUCCCCUGAGAGCCAGCAGGAAGGAAGUGGAGGUAGCCGAGAAUCUCAGGUAAGAGAAGGCCACAUGACCCCGGAGCAGUUUGAGCAUAUCACUAGUUCCUCCCUGGGCCAGGUGGUCGAAGCAGAUAACCAGGAUCUGACCAGGAGCUCUGGGACCCCAGUCCUACCCAGCUCCCCCACUCUGCCUCUUCAGGGACAGAAGUACAUCACUGCUGCAUCUUCAGUCAGCCCCGGACCCUCCCAGGUGGCCAGCAUGGCCGUCCAGACCACCUCUCAUUUAAAACCAGGCCCGGAAAAACUCAUAGUGGUCAACCAGCAUCUGCAGCCCCUCUACGUCCUACAGACUCUCCCCAAUGGUGUCACUCAGAAGAUCCAGAUCAGGCCAUCGGUCAGCGCAACAGGAGUGAUGGAUACCAUGACUCUAACCACAGGGCUCACCACCGGGAUAACCACCUCCCAGCCCAUCUUUCCUGCUGGGGGUAAAGUGUUGGGCACCAUGUCCCAUCACCCUCAGAUCCAUACUUUCACCGGCACCACCCAGGCGGGCUUCCAGCCUGGCAUUCCCAGCACCCCCUCCGGCCUCCUGAUCGGGGUGCCCUCCCACGAGCCCCAGAUCCUGGUGACCGAGGCCGGACGGAGGCACGACCUGGCCCCCAAUGUGACCAUCGUGUCCAGCGCUGCCUCCAUCUCCACGUCCUCGGCAGUGCUCGCGUCUGGACACGGCAAGAAGCGACCCAUUUCCCGUCUCCAGCCGCGGAAGACCAAGAAACUAGCCCGCUCCAGGAGCCAGCCCACCCUGGCCCCGUCUGAGGUGAGACCCAACAUGACUCUGAUCAACCUGUCCUCGCCACAGAUAGCCCAGUCCGGACUGGUCGAGCUGGGCACCCUGACCACGGCCGCCACCACUUCUCACCGCAAUGUCCCCAACAUUAUCAAGAGACCCAAAUCGGGAGUCAUGUACUUUGAGCCCAUCCAGCAGAGGAGGCCUCUUCCCAGUGGGCAGCCUGGCAUCCUGGGCCACGACUCUUCCACCCACCUGCUGCCCUGCACUAUCUCGGGGCUCAAACCCAACCAGUCAGCAGUGCUGAACAUGGUGUCCAUGGCUCAGCCCAGCGGGCCCGGAGGCCUCAUUGCACCAGGCUCUGUCUCUCUCAGCACCCCGGUGCUCAGCUCCUCUGAAAUCAAGGGACCCAUCAGCAGCCUCCUCUUCAAAGCCACCCCGCACAACCUGGGCCUUCCGGAGCAACAGAUGCUCCUCCAGUCUGGAGCACCUUUGAUGUCUCAGCUGUGCAGCCCUGCCCAGACCUCCAUCGCCAGCAGCAUCUGCGUGAUUCCCUCCCAUCAGACCAUCAGCAUGUCCGUCAGCCAACAGGUGGACCCGGAAAGCGGCACUUUCCAGCGGCAGCAACACCCGCCAAAUGCUAGUGGACAUCCUGUGGCUCUGGCCCCCAGCCCGGUCUCACAAGACUCCGGCAAGGGACAUCCGGUUGGAGUGUUCUCCCAGAGUUCCCGCUCUCAAAGCUCAAGCGCCAUGCCUAUAUCCAGGCCCUCAUCAGAGCAGAAACAAGAGCUGAAGUGUAGCUCUGCAGCAACGGCAUUUACGGGCUCUGGGAAAGGGAAGCAGAAAGCCAAGCGGACGAGGCAGAGUCCAGACAAGGCCAGCGGGAAGAAACACAAGGGUUGGCAGACAGAGCCUCCUCGGGAGACGCAGGGAGACCGGGCACCUUCCACUCCUGGCUCUAGAGAGCCAGUCUCUCCCGAGUCCAUGGACACAGGCAAGCCCAGAGACAGGGGCACCUGCAAAAGUAAAACCAGUGAGUUCCCUGAGGAGAAAGGCGAGACCACCGCUGGCUCUCUACUGGUGGCCACCCCUGACCAGGAGGGUUGCCGCAGGGACUCUUCUGUGGACAGCAAGCCCAAGAAGGGACUCAUCUUUGAGAUCUGCAGCGACGAUGGCUUCCAGAUCCGCUGCGAGAGUAUCGAAGAGGCCUGGAAAUCCCUGACAGAUAAAGUCCAGGAGGCCCGCUCCAACGCCAGACUCAAAGAGCUCUCCUUUGAAGGAGUGAACGGUCUGCGGAUGCUGGGGGUCCUCCACGAUGCUGUGGUGUUCCUGCUGGAGCAGCUGUAUGGUUCCAGGCACUGUCGCAGCUACCGCUUCCGCUUCCACAAGCCCGAGGAGGCCGACAAGCCCCCGAUCAACCCCCACGGCUCGGCCCGCGCCGAGCUCCACCACAGGAGGUCUGUGUUUGAUAUGUUCAACUUCCUGGCCUCCAAGCACCGCCAGCCUCCCGAGUACAACCCCCACGAGGAGGACGAGGAGGUGCAGCUCAAGUCUGCUCGCCGGGCCACCAGCAUGGACCUCCCCAUGCCCAUGAGGUUCCGACACCUGAAGAAAACGUCCAAGGAGGCGGUGGGAGUGUUCAGGUCAGCCAUACACGGCCGAGGUUUGUUCUGCAAGAGGAGCAUCGACGCGGGGGAGAUGGUGAUCGAGUACUCGGGCAACGUCAUCCGCUCUGUCCUCACCGACAAACGGGAGAAGUACUACGACGGCAAGGGCGUUGGCUGUUACAUGUUCCGCAUCGACGACUACGAAGUGGUGGACGCCACCGUGCACGGAAACGCCGCCCGCUUCAUCAACCACUCGUGCGAGCCCAAUUGCUACUCGCGUGUCAUCAACGUGGACGGGCAGAAGCACAUCGUCAUAUUUGCCACGCGCAAGAUCUACCGCAGCGAGGAGCUCACCUACGACUACAAAUUCCCCAUCGAGGAACCGGGCAAUAAGCUUCCAUGCAACUGUGGAACCAAGAAGUGCCGCAAGUUCCUCAACUAGCCCCCCACUCUGCCGUGCGAUGGUAGUGGCGUUAGCGGGCUUUCUCCCACUCUGCCGAAUCAGUCGCCUCGACUAGCGUGGCGCCAUCCAUGCAAUGCCAGGUCUUAGUGAUGCUUCCAGUACUGCCCUCCCUUUUUGCUGUACGGCUUGUGCAGAAAGAGGCGCGUUACAGACCGGGUUAAGUUCGAGACGAGCUCUGUUUUUGAAAGAGAACAAAUUAUUAUUGUGCCUCUGGUUGUUUUUGUUUACUUUUCAGACUCUGCGAAGUCAAAGGAAAUGGUAACUGUGUAAGAUUAGCAAUUUUCAACGUUUUCUGUCUCUGAAUGAUUCAAAAAGAUUUUAAAUUGCCCUUUUUGUUCUGAGUUUUAACAUCACCUCACAUUAUUUUUCUAGAGAUGAUAUCUCAAUUCUGUGUGAGCAUAGAAUCCAUUGAUUAUGUGCACACAGAAAAAAGAAAAAAGAAUUGCCACCUUGUAAGAGUUCCAUUUUACACACCAAAGUGCAAUUUGUGGAAGGGAAUUUUCUCUGCAUUUUAGAAAUAGAACGAGGACUUAUUAGAACUGAUCAGAGGGCGCUUUUCUCUUGGCCUCAUCUGUUUAUACACAUCUGCCUGUCGGAAUGUGCGUCCUGUGCAGCCUUCGGAGUAGCCGCAAUAACAUAAAGCUUUGCUUGGGCUGCUUCGCUGUGUAUUCAAAGACACUGUAAAUAGUUCUUAUGCCUGUCCAGAGCAACAAGUCGCAAGAUGUGUUAGGAAGAGAAACACUAGAGGGAGCCGGGGUCGAAACGACAGAGGGAAAGAAAGAAGCCUGUAGAUUUAUUUAUUUUAAAUGUGUAUAUUAUUGUUAAGCGCGACUGUACUUGUACAGAGUCAUUGUCAGACACGUAGUCGGGUGGCGGUCAUUACAUUGUCGUGGCCGUGACUAGCAAGCUAGACUGAGAUUCUGGUGGACUGACAGUUGAGGGACUGACUUAUUUCGUUUUUUUUUUUUGCUGUAGUAAAUGUUAUUGUUGGUUUUGUGUAGGAAAAAUGAUAGACUGAGCCAUCUAUUUGUAUCGCAGGUAUGCACUCGUUAUGUCUUUAUUCGAAAUUUGGUUAGAACAGAGUCCGGAAUUACAGCGAUGAGAACCAAACGUCAUCCCCCUAAAUCUGAUUUCCCCUUAAGCCCAUUUGAAGUUUGAAAUGAUGGCCUAUUUCAUGAAUUACUGUUGCAAAGGAAUUGUUUUUUUUAUUUUAUUUUCGAAUCGGGUCAUUUGAAGUCUUGUCUCUUCUGGCCCUUUUUUGUUAUGGGCAGAAAAAUAUCAUGCUUGCUUUGAGAAUGUAAAUAAUAUAUAUAUUUUUCUAUACAAACGACUAAAAAGCACUCACUAGUGAAUAGCACUUAAUGUUAUAAAUAGUAUUUAUAUUUUUAAGAAAUCGUAUUUAUUUUAUUGCCAUUUUUGUAGGAAAUAGAGGUUUACAAACACUAAUGCUUGGUCUCUACAUUUUUAUUGAGCUGCCUUUUUUUCAAAGCUGUUUUUUCGUUGCCGUUUUAAUUUUAUUUGUAGCCUGAAUGUUUCUUUUUGGAUUCCAAAGACUGAAGCUGUCGCUCCCCGCUGAGCCCAGUCCACCAGUAGCUCUAUUUGUCAAUCAAGGACAUUUCCAUUGACUGCAUGUUAGCAGCAUGGCAUUAUUUUAUGCCCUUGAUGGAGUCUGUUAGUGCUCAUCUUUUGGAAUAGCUGUCUGAUAUCUCCUUUUUUCCAGCCUUAAUUCCACACACCACGCGGAGGUGCCAUUCAGACCUGGGCCGUCUCACCGUGCGCAAUUCGUUCACGUUCAUCUUUUUUCAAAAAAAUUGUCUCUACAAAUUUCAACGUCUCCCUUUUGGGAUCAAACGCGCUCCAAAAUCGGCUAACUGUAAGGACAUAACACGGCUUAACGCCCAUAGCCACAUCAGCGCUCCAAGAUUCCCCAAAUGGAAGUGUUGCCUUCAUGUUAAUACUGUCAAUGUUUUGUCGUGUUUCUACUCGACUCCCUCGUGAAGUCCGGCGUUUGUUUCGUGGCGUUUUACAUGAGACGGGCUACACAUGGAAAGCUUUUUAGAAGCUCGGUAGAAGCUGAUGACGUUAGGAAAGGUUAGAAGAGGCUAACCGUUACCAUUGGCCACAAUUCAACCUCUGUUAAGAGUUCAUCAACUCGAUCUCUUGCUUUGCAUUUGUUGUAACUGAGCACGCUUCGUUUGGCGAACUCUGUGACUUGUAACAGUAGUAGAUUGACAGAAGUAGUCCCGGUUUUGGUGAGAAUUGGGACAUUGGGUACAGAAAGUGGAUAGGUUGAUGACAGGCAUAUAUUUCCUCGAACGAAGCUCACCAAAUUGCUGCUUUGUGCAACUCUGGCUCCAGUUGUCCUGUAGCGAGCCACUUCAGGCCAGUGACCUUUUUGUUAUGUUUUUGGUUUGUCAUCCGUUUUUCCUCGUAGUCUGUUGACUUUAUAUCUUGUAAGGCCGUCGCAGAAUCUCUCCAACCCUUACCCUGCCCAGGCUGUGAAGUGAAACCAUAACUUUGCCAACACAUUGCACUUGUGACAGGCACUGACUUAACAUGGGAAAUGACUUUCUACUCAUUGUAAACAAAAUGGGUUCCUAAUGUUUUUAAAAAACCACAAGCACAGGUACUGUUUGUAAGCUCCCUUAGGAAUUGUGGCCCCCAGGAAAGUGCACUUCUGCUCGACCUUCUCCCAAGUGUGUAAGGGACGUUCAGAGUGCAGGGACCACUCUGGAGGCCAAUAGUGAACACUCCUCCACCUUGCAGCCUGGGUUUUGCCAGCUAAUUCAGGGAUACAGUUUUGGUUCAGCUCUCGCUGUCCUCCCAUCCUGGCUAGCCUUAGGGUGAGGCACAGGGUCAUGCUGAAUUUUGCUGCUAGGUCUUUAAUGAAUGUAUAUACAAAAACUAAAUUGUGGUGAUUUCUGGUAUCAACCACGGUUUGUUUUUGAGUUAAAAAGAACCCACAAAAAGACUGGGAAGAUGAGCUCACAGGACAGUUUGUUUGUUUGUUUCAUUUCAGGGGGGAAAAGAUUGAGGGACGGCAUUCUAGUUUAACGUCAAAAGGUCACACUGAAUAAACGAAGACUUCAAAGAUAGCUUUGGUAAUCCUUUUACUAAUCCCAAAGGCUCCGUCUCUGACUCCUCUACAGAUCCAUAGCAGUAAAGUGUGAUGUUUCAGUACUUGGUGAACAACAACCCAUUAGUCAAGUGUUUUUAAAUGGCAGAUAGAUUCCGUUGUUUCUUGGACUUCAUAAUACCAUGCCACACCAGUGGCCCUCUUCCUUCACUUGUAAUUAUGCUAUAUAUACAUAAAAACAUAUACAGAAAUAGUAACAUGUACUUCAGUAUCUAUACAAUAUACGGAAUGAACAGACAAACUUAGUUACAGUAGCAAACAGCAGGUUUAUAAUGGUUAAUAGCAAUGUUCAAUGUACUCUAUAAUGGUUUUGUGUUACAGUAUCAGUUUAGAAUAACUAACGUACAUCAUCUUCUGUAUAUUGAUGUCCAAUACCAGUUUCCCUGUGCCUGUGUAUGCUCCAUUGGCAGGAGCAUUGCAGUUUCUUUCUUUCAUUUUUUUUUCUCCUUCCCGAAAAGAAACAGUAUUUAUGUAAUAAGAUGUAUAACGUGGUUGUGAACUUCUUGAAGUCAGCCAUUUUGUUUUAGUGUUUGGUUGUUGUCGUGAAUGUUUUUAUUCUUUGUAAAUUCUUAACAGGGAUUUUAGACUGCUUACUUGAUGGUGGUAUAAUUGAGUUGAGUUUGUGGAGACCAGGAAAAAAAACGAAUCCCACCAAAAUGUUAUUUUACAGUCUUCCAUGUCUCCCUUACCACCCCUCUCUCUUUGGAAGCUUUGGUUGUACUUAUGUAUUGUUUUAUAGAACGUGAUGAUGAUGAUGCGUUUUUAUUUAUUUAUUUUGUGUAUUGGAACAUCCAUGAAUUUACAGGUCACGGUAGUUGCCGGAACCUGCUUGAAAGAAGUUGGGAAAAAUACUUAACUGUAUUUGUAAUUUUAUAAUUGUUCCUUGUGUAUAGAACGUAUCAGCCUGAGAUGGGACGUGGCGUCAAUGUGAGUUGGCGGUAGGACUUGGAAACGGUUAAACGGCUCUUCUUAUGCCUUGAAUAUACCUUUGUCUUAUUAACACUUCCUCCUGAACUCCAUGAGAAUAAUGAUGAUGAUGAUGAUAAUAAUAUUUUUCCCUAUUAGUUGUACAUCAGUGUUCUCUCAUCUGUCACAGAAAUGAAGGAAAGUUAAACCACAAUAGUAAACCACAAACUACUUAAGGUUGAAUGUAUAAUUAGGAAACACAAUUGUACAUAACUGUAAAAAGAAAAGUUUCUAAUCAUGUUUAUUUUCUAUGCACUUUUUUUAUUUAAGUGAUAGUUUAAAUAAUAAACAUGUCUCGUUUACUCUUU